AUCGGAGUCGGAGCCACGGAACCGGCUCAGUCCUCUUUUGAUCUUGUGAUUCGUUGCGUGCGUGCGGUGCUUCGCUACCACUGUAUUGGUCGUUUGGGUGUACGUUGUAUGGAAAGCGGCAAGCGGGUAGGGCAGACGGACCGGGAAGCCAAUGUGUGGCUGUCGAAACCAGUUGGCAGGCAGCUCGAGCGAUAGUUGAAGUUUAGUUUCGUACUGUUCGCCUGAAGGCUCGUACCUCUACAUAUCGGUCGGUGCAUCGUGCGUUGCGUUUCGUUUGAAGUAGAGAGUUGGAAGUCUUGCCCAUAGAGUCAGGGGUAGAGGUUGGAAGUUUUCCAAUUUUUUUUUGCAAGAGCCGUCGUGCAUGUUGAUAGUUUAUCGAGGUGCAAGGCAAACAUUGCGUGUAGUUCGGGUGCAGUUUUCGGUUGGGCCGUCGGUACUUGGAACAGAAUUCGUAGUUGGUGAAUUUUCGAGACAUGGUGCGCAAUAUUCGGUGAACGUAGAACAGAUCCGUUGAAACGACUGCGUAGUGAAUUCUGUGCGUGGAGAAGCUUUGAAAAAUUGUCAAAAUUGAGAGAAUAAAACGAAAACGUGAAUCCUCUAGUGAGUUAAGUGGUGGCAGUAGCGGUAGCACUAGUAACGGUACUAGCAACGGUUUCAUCAGUGGUAGCAGUUUCGCGGCGACAAGUACGGCACUAGCGUCGGCUGCGUCGGCGUUCGCAGCAGCGGAAGCACAUCACCGGAGGAAACAGUUGGCCCACCAGGAAAGGAUGUUGCUCGACACGCAGAAUAAUAACAAUAGUAACAAUAACGGCAAUAGCAUUAGUGGGCAGCACGGGCCCGGUAUGACCACGGCCAACAGCAGAAGUGUGGCCGCUUCGGCUGCUGCCCUGCAGGCGGCGGCAGCGGCGGCCCUUACGGCGGCCAAGGGCGCCACGGACUUUUCGAUUGCGGCAAUCAUGGCACUGCGGGAGGGCUCCGCAAGCCGGAGCCCUCUGGAAGCAGUUUUCGUAAGUGGGCCUCCCAGUUCGGUGGAUCGUCUGUCCGAAGUGGAUGACGAGGUGGACGUGGAUGUGGAAGAGUGCUCCGAUUCGGAGGAAGCGUCCCGGUCCGGUCAGGAUCGGCGGACGCAUUCCAGGGCGACGGCCACGCCCAACAGUGUGUCGGACGAGGAGCGGCUCACACCGGAACCGGCUUCGGUAAGUGGAAAGAAAAAACGACCAACGAUCGUCGGUUCGUGCAACUCGGACGAUCUGCGGCCCGUUCAGUGCCAUCUGGAAACCAAGGAACUGUGGGACAAAUUCAACGAGCUCGGCACCGAGAUGAUCAUCACCAAAACGGGACGGCGCAUGUUCCCCACCGUCCGGGUAUCGUUCUCCGGGCCCCUCCGGCAGGUGACUCCCGCCGACCGCUACGUGGUGCUGCUAGACGUCGUUCCCGUCGACAACCGGCGCUACCGUUACGCGUACCACCGUUCGGCGUGGCUAGUGGCCGGUAAGGCCGAUCCACCGCCGCCGCCCCGGCUGUACGCCCAUCCGGACACCCCCAUCGGUGCGGAUGCCCUCCGCAAACAGGUUAUCUCCUUCGAGAAAGUCAAGCUCACCAACAACGAGAUGGACAAGAAUGGCCAGAUUCAUUCACCUAGAUCUGCCCAGAAAGGCGCACUGAUCGUCCUGAACUCGAUGCACCGUUACCAGCCGCGCAUCCACCUGGUGCGGCUCGGUCCGGGCCAAAACAUUCCCACCUCGCCAAAGGAACUGCAGGAGGUCGACCACAAGACGUACGUCUUUCCGGAAACGAUCUUCACCGCCGUAACGGCGUACCAGAACCAGCUCAUCACCAAGCUCAAAAUCGACUCCAACCCGUUCGCCAAAGGAUUCCGGGACUCGUCGCGGCUGACCGACUUCGAUAGUUUCCCGGGAAUGGACCCCAUGGACGCCUUGCUACUUGAGCAGCAUCUCCGUUCACCGCUACGCCUCUUCCCGGACCCACUGAUGGCUCAGUUCGGGGCGGGUCAGGAUCCGGACGGCGCUCAAGCCGCCUUGCUGGAAAAAGCCCGUCAGCACCUACAGAUGUGGGGCCGUGCCGCUCCCUACGGUGAUCUCCUCAUACCGCAAAUGUAUCAGAGGCCGAAUCUUGGCGCGCUCAAUCUUGGACACCUCUGGCAAAGCCAAUGGCCUCAACAAUUCCCACCAGGCUUUCUCCCAAAUGCUGCCGCCGCAGCUGCAGCAGCGGCUGCUGCCGCUCCCCCACCUCCUCCGAGAACCACACCACCCCCACCAACUCAAACCAUGACCAGCCCAGCCAGUUCCGCUGGAUCCCCCUCGCCGGACCUGCGAGCCAAGCACUUCACCCGUUUUAGCCCCUAUCAAAUCCCGCAAGCUCACCACCACCAGCCCCAAGGGCUCCCCUCCGCUGUCUUACCCCAUCAAUCACCCUCUCCAAGAAGUCCUUCGAACUAAAUGCCCCCGGGUCUCCAAUAACCCACAACCGAACAGAGGCUUGCCCGAAUCUCAAUUGUAUAGCAGAAUCGACGAUUUCCGAGUGAUCAAAUCGAGAUCAAAAGAAAAAUCAUGACACAGUAUUAGCAGAGCAACUGGUAGUAGAACCUAAUCUCGCAUUCUCAAGCAACUUCACUUCAUCAAGUGUUCCACCUGUAAAUAACCACUCAUCACAAUCACCCCAACACUAGUAGGACAUUCAUAGUUAUUUAUUACUCAUCAACACAUUUUCAGAUCGUUCAGAUCGUUAUCGCAGUGUGGGUAUUUGGUUGCAAUCUUUGUUUUCCAUGUUUCUAUUGCAAAUCAUUGUAUGUAUGGUAACCAACUAAAGGGAUUUUUCUGCAACAGAAAGUCCAAAAUCGAUACGGUUCACAAAGUUAGGAGGACAAAGGAACAAUAAAAACCACAACACAUAGAACGCUCUCAAACGGGAAUAUUACAAGAUUAACUGUUUUAAACUUUACGAACGUACUUUACUAAGAAUGCCAAUUCGCUCCUUUACUGGGAUCAUGGAUUAGACAUUUGUAUUAGACAUAAGCAGAAUUUAAGUAGAAUGUUGAUAGCGAAAGCAACACAAGAUAAAAAAAUGUUUAAUCUCUUUUGUGUUUUUUGUAAAUAUGUGAUCAUGUUUUAACCGAAUUUAGCAAACGAAAUCAAAUAGUUUAAUCGUUGAUUGGAUGCAUCAGGAUAGGUGCUCGAGAUGAAAAUCAAGCUCGAACCUGUACGAAAAUUCCAUCACAAAUCUUUACUGCAGAGGAAAAUAUCAAAAUUGAAUACAGUUUAGAAUGGUUUACGUUCAAAAUCACAUAAUCAAAUCUGCUUCGGUGCAAAGUAAGCUAUAUGAUAUGGAAAUGGAAGCAACUAAAUGUAACUAUUUGGAUAAACGAAAUUGAUGUUGUAUAGACGAAUUCAAUGCAAAUAAAUAAUAAACACCCAAUGAUAAUUAUAAAAAGCAGAA